AUGUUUGCACGGGGGAUGGGAUUCAUUGGAAAUCGGUUGCCCUUUUUUUGCAGUGCCUAUUUUCUCACUUCAUCGUUGACAGUUACCUUUCCCCCACUCUCUUACUCGAUAGGAAUCUCCGCCCAUCGCAAAAACUCUCUUCGUCAACCGCUUCUCAAAUUUGCUCCCGUGAUGCUCAAAACGGCAGCUUUGACUUUUGUGGUCCUUUUCGCUCUUGGUGACGCAACGAAUCAAGUGACUCGAGCUCGCGUUUACCUCUACAAAGCGGUCAAGGGCGGAAUCCCACAAACGAAUGUCGGAGUGAUUGAUUUCAUCCAAACUGGCAAUUCAUUAUCGCUAAAUGGAACGAUUAGCUCGUCGCUUGGCCUGGCACCCGGUCUUCAUGGGUUCCACAUUCACGAAAAGGGAGACCUUGGCAAUGGGUGCAUGGACACGGGCGCUCACUACAACCCGCACAUGAUGACCCAUGGAGCGCCGACUGACAGCAAUCGACAUGUUGGAGAUCUCGGCAAUAUCAAUGCUCCUGCGAAUGGUGAUCUCCAAGUUCGCGUCUCCGAUACACUGGCCUCGUUGAAUGGCCCAUUCUCGAUCAUCGGUCGCGGUGUUGUGGUUCACGAGAAACCGGAUGACUUGGGUCGUGGCGGCGCGGAUUUAUCGAAAACGACCGGCGACGCGGGUGCCCGACUCGCCUGUGGAGUCAUCGGUAUCGAAGCU